CCAUUACCACAGCCACAUACACACCGGAAGGAGAAACGAGACGACUAGGGGCGUCUCCUUCUCGGACUCCAGCUGCUGGUAUAAAGACUCGCGGGCCUUGCGCGUUCCGACGGUUCCAUUACGGGUUCUUGGCAGGAUGGAGUUGGGUUUGAGCUUGGGGGAGACCAUGGCGGACGCCGGGAGGGACCUGGUGCUCGGGCUUGGGAUGGGGGUGGGGUUGAGGAGGGAGGAAGAUGGGGAGAAGAAGAGGCGGGAUCGGGAGGAGGUCGCUGCCUUGAGGAGGGAGCUGGAGUUUGGCCCGGGGAGGUGCGGUCGCUCGUCGCCGGAGCCGACGAUGCGGCUCACGCUCUUGCCCAUGGUGCCCAGCCUCGGCCUCCCGUGGCCGUCGUCGUCCGAGAACAGGCAUUGGGAGCCGUCGACGCGGGGGUUCGACGUGAACCGGGCGCCGUCGUCCGUAGCCGGCGCGGCUGCGGAGGAGGAGGAGCAGGACGACGCGGGCGCGGCGGCCUUGUCGUCCUCGCCCAACAACAGCGCGGGCUCCUUCCCGAUGGAUUUCUCCGCUCAGGGCCAGGCGGGCCCGGGCGCCCGUGGAGGCGCCGACCGCGCGUGCUCCCGCGGCAGCGACGAGGACGACGGUGGAUCGGCGCGCAAGAAGCUGCGCCUCUCCAAGGAGCAGUCCGCGUUCCUCGAGGAAAGCUUCAAGGAGCACGCCACGCUCAACCCCAAGCAGAAGCAGGUGCUGGCGAAGCAGCUCAACCUCCGGCCGCGCCAGGUGGAGGUGUGGUUCCAGAACCGCAGAGCCAGGACGAAGCUGAAGCAGACGGAGGUGGACUGCGAGUACCUGAAGCGCUGCUGCGAGACGCUCACGGAGGAGAACCGGCGGCUGCAGAAGGAGCUUGCCGAGCUGCGCGCGCUCAAGACCGUGCUCCCCUUCUACAUGCACCUCCCGGCCACCACCCUCUCCAUGUGCCCCUCCUGCGAGCGCGUCGCCUCCAACUCCGCCCCGGCCGCCGCUGCCGGCGCGGCCUCCGGUUCGCCCACCCCUGCGCCGGGCAUUGCGGCCGCCGCCCCGGAGCCGACUCCCUCGUCGUUCGCGGCGCUGUUCUCGUCACCCCUCAACCGGCCGUUGGCCACCCAGCCUCAGCCACAAGCUCCGGCGAGCUCGUGAUCCCUUCACCUCCGGCGAAGGAAGUGAAUAUGCUCACUUUUUUACUACCUUUUCGCCCAUUCGGUUCGUUGGGAUUUUUUGUCGCUUGCCAAGGGGAUUCAGAGAGAAUCCGAUGGGGUAGAGCAUCGGGCCGUCAGAUUGGACUGUGGACGGCCAGGAUGCUGAAAGAAAACAUUGCAAUAUAGUUUAUUAAUCUUAAUACUAGCGUCAUGUUUUUUAC